AUGUCUGCGACCCAGUUACUCAACCCCAAGGCCGAGUCGAGGCGGAGAGCGGAGGCUCUGAAGGUGAACAUCAGCGCCGGUGAAGGUCUCCAAGAUGUUCUCAAAUCGAACCUGGGUCCGUCGGGAACCCUGAAGAUGCUUGUGGACGGUGCAGGUGGAAUCAAAUUGACGAAGGAUGGAAAUGUGUUGCUUCGAGAGAUGCAAAUCCAGAACCCGACAGCCGUUAUGAUUGCCCGGGCUGCCACCGCACAAGAUGAUAUUACCGGUGAUGGAACGACGUCGGUUGUUUUGUUGGUUGGAGAGCUCCUGAAGCAGGCCGAUCGAUCGAUCCAAGAGGGAUUGCACCCCCGUGUCAUUACGGACGGCUAUGAGAUCGCAAAGACAGAGGCACUGAACUUCCUCGACCAGUUCAAGCUAACGCGGACUGCGGAUCGUGAGCUGUUGUUGUCCGUCGCUCGCACCUCUCUCUCCACGAAAUUGAACAGUGCACUUGCUGAGAAGCUCACACCUGAUAUCGUCGAUGCUGUCCUUGCUAUCCACCGGGCUCCCGAGAAGCCAGAUUUGCACAUGGUCGAAAUCAUGACGAUGCAACAUCGUGUAUCGUCUGACACACAGCUUAUCCGUGGUCUCGCCCUGGACCACGGCGCGAGACACCCUGAUAUGCCUAAGCGAGUCGAGAAUGCUUUCAUCCUGACACUAAACGUCAGUCUUGAAUACGAAAAGUCUGAGAUUAACUCUGGCUUCUAUUACUCCAACGCCGAACAGAGGGAUAAGCUUGUUGAGAGUGAACGCAAGUUCGUGGACUCUAAGUUGCAAAAGAUUGUUGAACUCAAGAAGGAGGUCUGUGGCAAUGAUCCGAAGAAGGGCUUUGUGGUUAUUAACCAGAAGGGUAUUGACCCCUUGAGUUUGGAUGUCCUCGUCAAGAACGGAAUUGUCGCUCUCCGGAGAGCUAAGCGAAGGAACAUGGAACGUCUUCAGUUGGUCUGUGGCGGCAGUGCCCAAAACAGCGUUGAGGACCUUACGCCUGACGUCUUGGGAUGGGCUGGGCUAGUCUAUGAACACCAGCUUGGUGAGGAGAAGUACACCUUUGUUGAGGAGGUCAAGGACCCCAAGUCCGUUACUAUUUUGAUCAAGGGGCCCAAUGCGCACACUAUUGCACAAGUUAAGGAUGCGGUCCGUGAUGGUCUGCGCUCGGUAUACAACACCAUCGUCGACGGCUGCGUCAUUCCCGGCGCCGGUGCAUUCCAAAUUGCGUGUGCCGAUUACUUGGAUUCUAAAGUCCGCAAGACUGUUAAGGGAAAGGCUAAGGAUGGUGUCAAGGCUUUUGCCGACGCACUCCUGGUGAUUCCCAAGACCCUCGCUGCCAACUCUGGACACGACAUUCAGGAUUCUAUCGCCGCAUUGCAGGAUGAGCGUGAUGAGGGCAACGUGGUUGGCUUGGACCUGGCAACAGGCCAGCCAAUGGACCCUGUGCAAGAGGGUGUUUUCGACAGCUUCCGUGUGUUGCGGAAUUGCAUCGCCUCGAGCACGGGUAUCGCCUCUAACCUUCUCCUGUGUGAUGAACUCCUGAAGGCCAGGCAGAUGGGCAAAUCAGGCGGACCCGGUGGCAUGGAGGAGUAA